GUCUGCGCUCCAGUCUUCUCAGAAUGACUGAUCAGCAGUGAGCCAGCAGCGCUUUUCGACAUAAGUGUGUGUCUCUUCCUGGCUCUCGGCUCUUCAUACUCACCUUAUUCAGUUUUGGUCUUGCCGCUACUACGAGAAAAGGCAGCAGUAGACAGGAGGCUUGUUUCGUCCCUGAGUCUCGGCAUGAAGAAUCCUACGCUAUUCUGGGUGUUUAUUUUUGUGACGGCGGGGCUGAGCUACGUCUUCGCAGCCAAAGUAAACAAACACAAGCCUUGGAUUGAGACGUCCUACCAUGGCGUGAUAACUGAAAACAAUGACACCGUUCUACUUGACCCUCCCCUUGUUGCGCUGGAUAAAGAUGCCCCAGUGCCAUUUGCAGGUGAAAUUUGUGCUUUUAAAAUCCAUGGUCAGGAUGCCCCAUUCGAAGCAGUGGUGCUGAACAAGACAUCUGGUGAAGGCCUCUUGCAAGCAAAGAGGCCAAUCGAUUGUGAGCUCCAGAAGGAAUACACAUUUGUUAUUCAGGCAUAUGACUGUGGAGCUGGACCUGGCGGAACCAACUGGAAAAAGUCCCACAAAGCUGUGGUUCAUAUCCAAGUCAAUGAUGUCAAUGAGUUUGCACCGACAUUCCGGGAGCCAAUGUAUAAGGCGACAAUAACUGAAGGAAAAAUUUACGACAGCAUUCUUCAGGUGGAGGCAGCGGAUGAGGACUGUUCUCCUCAGUACAGCCAGAUCUGUAACUACGAGAUCGUUACUCCUGAUAUUCCCUUUGCUAUCGACCGCAAUGGUAACAUCAGAAACACAGAGAAAUUGAGCUACGAUAAGGAGCAGCAGUACCAGAUCAUGGUAACCGCCUAUGACUGUGGUCAGAAGAGAGCCACCGUCGACGUGCCGGUACGCAUUGAGCUCAAGCCCGUUUGUAAGCCAGGUUGGCAAGGUUGGAACAAGAGGACAGAGUAUGAGCCUGGCACUGGAAGCAAACCAUUAUUUCCCAAAAUGCAAUUGGAAACGUGUGAUGGCCCAGUCUCAUCCAUCCGGACCACGGUAGAACUGCAAACCAGCCAUAUAGGGAAGGGGUGCGAUCGUGAGACGUACUCCGAGAAAUCACUGCAGAAGCUGUGCGGGGCCACAUCUGGAAGUACAGACUUGCUGCCAGCUCCCAGUGCCACAUCAAACUGGACAGCCGAUCUUUUGACAGACAGUGGACGAGACAGUGAUCUGAUAUUUAAAUUUGAUGGCAGACAGGCAGCCAAGAUCCCUGACAGGGUAGUUCCCAAGAAUCUGACAGAUCAGUUUACAAUUGCGACCUGGAUGAAACAUGGCCCAAGUCCAGGUCUGCGGGCGGAAAAGGAGACCCUUCUGUGCAAUUCAGAUAAGACCGAAAUGAACAGACACCACUAUGCCCUCUAUGUGCACAACUGUCGCCUUGUGUUUUUACUGCGCAGAGAUUUCGACCAAGUGGACACAUUCCGUCCUGCCGAAUUCCACUGGAAGCUGGAGCAGAUUUGUGACAAAGAGUGGCAUUACUAUGUGAUAAAUGUGGAGUUUCCUGUUGUCACCCUAUAUGUUGAUGGAGUGACAUAUGAUCCCUAUCUGGUAACGGACGACUGGCCGAUUCACCCUUCACAGAUCGACAUGCAGCUUACCGUUGGUGCAUGCUGGCAAGGUGGAGAAGUAACAAAGCCUCGAUUCACCCAGUACUUCAGAGGCAGCCUCGCUGGCCUCACCAUCAGGCCGGGAAAGAUUGAGAGUCAGAAAGUGAUUUCUUGCCUUCAAGCAUGCAAAGAGGGCCUAGACAUCAAUUCUCUGGAAAGCCUGGGCAAAGGGAUCAAGUUCCAUUUUAAUCCUGCUCAGUCAAUCCUUGUCAUGGAGGGAGACGACAUUGAGAAUAUCAAUCAAGCCCUGCGGAAGGUGUCAUACAUCAACUCAAGACAGUUUCCUACACCUGGCAUCAGACAUCUCAAAAUCUCCACCACGGUGCAGUGCUUUGGUGAAGACACGUGCAUCAGCAUCCCAGACGUGGACGCCUUCGUGAUGGUUCUUCAGCCCAGUGAGCCAAGGAUAACGAUUGCAGGAACUGACCAUUUCAUCUGGCCGGCUGCAGACUUUGAAAGUGCCCAGGGAGUGGUCCUCUUCCCAGAUGUCCGACUCAUCAGCACUGUGGCACAGACGGAGCCGCCAGCGGAGAGGACAGCUCCAGUUCACAAGACAGGCUUGAUGGAGGAAGUCAUUCACAGCCUGGAUUUCUGUGAUAUUCUGGUGAUUGGGGAAGAACUUGAUCCACAACAGGAGAGUCUAGAAGUGGGCCACAGUGAACUCCACGGGAAACACCUGGAUGCCACAAACUCCACUUCUGGAAUUUCCAUCUAUGGAGUCGACACAUUGUCAAACUAUGAGCAGGUGCUGAGGAAAGUGCAUUAUCACCACUGGCAUGCAGGCGGAAUUUUUCAACGCAAGUUUCGUCUAACAUGUUCUGAGCUAAAUGGCCGAUACACCAGCAAUGAGUUCAACCUAGAGGUUAAUGUUCUGCAUGAUUCCGAGUUCAUCAAGCAAGUGAAUCACAUGGCCCUCCAGCCUCAGUAUGUGCAGGAGAUGAGCCAACCAGUUGUGGAAAGCAACAUUUCCCAGGAAUCAGCUUUUCCAAGUGCAGCAGCUGCAGUCAUCCUGGUGUGUGUCAGCUUUCUAGUCCUCAUCAUUGUCCUGGGCGUCUACAGAAUUAGGAAAACAUACCGGCAUUUUGCAAAGGGCACAGCUGGGACAAAGGAGAAUGAAAUGGAUUGGGAUGACUCAGCUCUGACCAUCACAGUCAACCCCAUGGAGAAUUACGAAGAACCACAGCUAGCGGAAGAAGGAAUUGAUGAAGAGGAGGAGGAGGAGGAAGAGGAAGAGGAUGAGCUAGAAGAAGACGACAUCACAAGUGCAGAGUCUGAAGAUAGUGAGGAAGAGGAAUCAGUGAAUGUGCAAAGCAAAGAGCAGGGCAAGAGAAGAGAGCAGCUCGAAUGGGACAACUCCACACUAGCUUACUAAAGAGCUCGCUGAUUCACGAGUCGAGGCACUGUGGGAUCCUGGACUAAAUGCAAGGCUACUGAUUUACAAGCAAGACUGCAAGUUGGUGUGCAAUGUAUAGCUCUGCUUAGUUUCUUUCUUUUUCUUUCUCUCUUUAUUUAAUUUUAUAAUGAAAAGGAAUUCCCCUCUUACGUUAGGAAAUGUGGCCCUCUGCUGCUGGGAAAUUGUACAGCAGCACAGAAAUAAUAAUAAUAAAAAAAAAGGUUUCUCUCCACUUUGGAAUAUUAUGUAGGAAAUGUAUUCUUUCACGGUUCUGUGUUUUUAAUAAAGCACAAGUCAUAAAAAGUCCAUGAUCUAAAUUGCAUUUAACUCUUCAGAGGAAAAAAAAUAAUACUAUACUAAUAUACUUGUAUGGCAGUAAUUUGUCUCUUAGGGUUAAUUUAUUUAACUUAGUUUUGUUUUGUUUAAUUACAGCAUCCUCUCAGUUACCAAUUAAAUACAAAUCAGUUUUAAUGAAGAAAUCUUAAGUAGCCCAUAAAGAACUUAAUAUAAAUUUCACAUGGUAAGCUAAAUAUGAACCUGUUAUAUAACAUGUAUGCAUCUUGUAGGAGUUUCAAAAAUGUAUAUCAUGAAAGGAUCUGUCGACGGAUUCUAAAAUCUAACAAAUAUGCAAUUUCGUGAUAAUAAACAGUAAUAUAAUGUCCUACCAAUAUACUGUUCAAAGGUUACACUAAGCUGAGAGAACCCAAAACCGAGAAAAAAACACAAUUCAUAAGAGUGCGCACUAUAUUUUAUUAAAACACACAUGUAUUUGAAUAAGACGCACACACACACACACACGUGUAUCACGCAAGUCAAUUUGUGUCAGUGGCACUUUAUCAGGUUCACUUAUCUCGUGGUAGGUGGGACCCCUUUUGCCCCCAGAACAACAGGAAUUCUUCAAGGCUUGGAUUCAACAAAGUCCUGAAUAAACUUUGGGACUUUGGUUUAUGGUGGCUUGAUUGCAUCCCUCAACUCCUGUAGCAUUUUUUUGUCUGGUGUCACUGCAGGCCACUGAAGUCACUGUCAUAUUUGUGGAAGCAGCCUGAGGGGAUGUGUGCUUUGUGACUUAUCCUGCUGCGAUUAUACAUUUGAACAAAGUAGACUGUGAUCGAGGGAUGCACAUGAUCAGCAGAUAUGGUUAGGUAUGCAGUGGCGUUUGAAAGAUGCAGAGUUGGAUUAAAAGGUCUAAUGUGGGACAAAAAGUCAUUAUCCUCAAUAUUACACUACCACCAUCAUCAAGCUUCCAAGAACUGGUCAGACAACAACAACUAAACCCCUUGAACAUGUCUACUUGCUGUACACAUAUAAUGAAAAGGCUGUAACACAGUACAUUAAGUCACUUAACCUGUCUGCUCCCUAAUUACAAAAAACAUAUUUGGUGUGUGCUGAACUAGUAAGUUGCCUUGCAUAACAGCAUCAGAAAAAUAAACGAUAAUGAUGAUCAUACAGUACAUUCCAUACGAUAUAUUCUAAUACAAAUGCAUGGCAUUAUGCACAUGACACACACUUGUAAACUUAAUAAAUACCCCCAAUGUUAUUUACAUACUAUAUAAGACAUGUACAGCAAACAUCCGUGGCUUGUAUAAACUUACUGACACACAUCUUCAGACGCUUUUGUACCCAUCACGUGUGUGUUUUCAAAUUGAAUCAUAUAAAUGCAGAGACCCACUGUAUUAUACUGAUAACUGUUUUUCCAUUGUUUCUAUCAUACACGAUACAUGAGCAUUAGUGCCCCUUCAUACGUUCAGAUGCAAAGCUGUUCGUCUUCUGAGUUUUUUCUGUUUUUUUCUGCUCAUAAAGCAUACAUUAAAACAUUGAAACCUGACUAAAGGGAAUUUUGGCUGACACAAUACCACAUAAAAUAAGUCAAAACGCACAUUGUCGCACAUGGGCAUCAGAGGGUCACCUUCCGGGCUUGUCAGAGGUAAGCACUACCACCCCGGGACACCAGGGGGAGCAAUUGCUAACUGCCUCUUCACCUUUUCCACCUACAGCUCUGAGGAGACUGCCAAUGUGGGCAACUGACCCCGCCCCUUCCAGCCCACAAGCUAUAAAAGCAGGGUGCUCCUUGAGGAGGAGGAGGAGUCUCAUUUAGGAGAUGAGCAAACCCACAACACUCUAAAAGCUCACCACUACUUCCACCAGCUUUGUCAGAGUAGAUGGCUAAUUAUACUCUUUGUUAAUUAUAGCACCAUCACGCACCUGUUAUUUUUGUUUCUGCCAUACACAAAUAAAUGGGGUGGCCUGACAUUUCCUGUACACACAACAAAACAUGCACCAGUUUGAAAAUAUGACUUUUAUUCAUAUGAACUUCUUAUGAAAAUGAAAAAAAAACACACCACCAAACUGCAGGUGGCCUUUUAUUUCGGAUACUUCAGUACCUCGAUCUGGAGACCCUGGACUACAACAAUUCAUUUCCAACAAGGUAAAGCUAAUGGUUAUUCCUGUUCAGGUCUUUUCUCAUUUAAGAAUAUAACUUUUAUGCUAUUGAAAAGUUCUUAAUAACUUGAACAAGUUUAUGUUUUCUGUUUUACUAGUGCAUUAUUUGGGGAUAGACUGAAUAAAUGUAGUCUUUUUUAUACAAUAAGGUUUACCGUCACUCUGUAAAUACGAACUAUUUUAGGACAAUACGAGGGGUUGACAUCUUUUGGCUUUUCUUUUGCUGCAUAUAUUCUGUUCCCACCACUGCCAUUUUCUUCCCUGUUCAAUGCCCACAAUUCCCAGCCCCCACCGCCAUCUAAGCAGGAAAUUAUGAAAAAGCGAAUCAGGCAGAAGUGACACCUGUCUUCUAGGGGAAAGCGUAUGCUGUACAAUGGGAUGAUAAAGGAGUCACCCUCACUGCUUUGCUUUCCUCAGCUGAUCAUGUCUGCCCGCUAUUGUAAGUCGUAAGCGUAACAUGUCAUCAUUGAGUCGAGCACAAAAGCCCGCGACUCAGCUGUUGCUUCAUUUCUUUCACUCCAUGUCAGCUGGUGUCUCAUUGUCGUUCUCAGUGUCUCCACACGUGUGGAUUGCUGCACACUUAGUUUUUACAUUGGAACAUGAAAGAGGAUCUGUGUCACACGUCUUGGAGAAAUGUUUUCAGUCCUGUCAGAGAUUCCCAUUCCUUUGUUUUUCCACUGGUAACAGAAAAGAUUUCCUGACUUUAGCUGGAAUGUACUCAUGAGCUCUGUGUAGAUUAAAGUCUGUGACCGUGAGUAGGAUUUUGUUUCUUUAACUCAUGUGCUUUGUGAUGCAAAUGUUGUGAUCCCUUGUCCCAUUUUUAUUUAUACUUAUUUUGACAAUUUCAUUCUCUACUCAAAACCUCUUUUUCCAUUUUUCUAUGUUUCAUUCAUCUUGGUUUUACAAAAGUAUAUGUUCAAUCAAAAAAAGAAACAUUAAAAUGCUGUUUGAACUACCAACCCUUUAAAA